CUGAAAAUCAAACUUCUGACACCUCACCAUUAAAAUGGAAAUUUACACCCUAUCGGAUUAUAACAACAAGCUAUGGUAUUGAACAUGAAUUCAGUCGUUUGGAACAGCGUGCAUUUUCUCCCCAUACUGGUUUGCUUUUCCUUUCAAAUAUGCCAACAGGGUAAAUAAAGUAUUUAUCCAAUUCUCCUGUUUUGGUGUUUUCCAAGUCCAACUCUCAUAAAACCCUAACUUCCCAACAUGUAAUCCUACGACUGAAAGAAUGAAAUGAAAAGAAUGUUUGUUGCGCACUAGGGGGCGGGGAGUGUCGAGUUACAGUUGAUAUCCUGUUUACUGAAUAUUUCCUCUUCAGUCUCUGUGGGGAGCAGGCUAGGCUACUAACUCUGUACUAGACAUUUCAAUUAUGUAUAAAAGCUUCAGAAACAAUGAAAAAUAGGACUGCAGAAACAUUUAAGGACUGCCAGAGCUUUGGAAGUUUUGGCAAAUCUUGUGGAAAAGUAACGCAUCCAUAUGAUUGUUGUUCAGAACCAUUUGGGAAGCCUAAUCUCAGCCUUUAUCAGAUAAUCUCAAGACCACUGAAGAAAUGUAAUAUUAUUGUUAAGAAUUUUUUAAAGGGGCCCUCUCGGAUUACCACCUUGGAAACAAGCCAGUCUCCAUCUCUGGAUGAGUGUAAAGCCAUAAUCAGAGAUCUGGCCACAGAGCUACAUCGGAUAUCAAAGUAUCAAGAUAACUUCACCUCCAGCCACGAGGAUGGCUACAGCCUGGCAGAGUGUCAACAGUUCAUCCUACAAUGGGCGGAGGAGUUGAGCAUCUUACCAAAGAUAUCCGUGGGGCAAAGCAGGAGCUCACCAAAGGCCCUGCGUACCUGCUGGGAGGACUAUGAGGUAGAGGAGAGAACAUCUCCAAAAGAGGCUGAGAGAAGACUGGCAGAAGCUCAGCGCAUCGUCUCAGAAUGGGCUGCAGGACUACAAUCACGAAAACAGGACUCAGUGUGUCCAGGAGAGGAUGUGUGUUCAGUCCUGCAGGAUCUUGAGGCACAGUGGAAGAGAGGGAAGCUACCCAACAUGCUCCCUGUCAUGGACUUCCUCAUCUGGACUGUGUUACAGGAACAGCCUCAAGAGGGCUCCAUCCCAGAGCUGUGGCUCAAAUCCAAGCAGAGAUUCAAACACUCAGCCUUCACCACAGUGAUUCCACAACCAGUAUGGGACUGGAUAAGCAAAGCAUCAGUUGACAUUCUCUUGGACCCUGAAUCAGCCAAUCCAGAUUUCAUCGUGUCCAACAAUCAGAAACGUGUGAGAGUGGGAAAAAUAAUAGAGAGUAAACAUGAUCCUAGAGACGGAUACGGUCACUACCGCGCAUCUCACAAGUAUGAUGGGUGGUGGUGUGCACUGGGAACGCAGGGCUUUACCAAAGGUAGGCAUUACUGGGAGGUGGGGGUGGAAGGGAAGAGAGACUGGAGGAUUGGGAUAACCAGGGAGUCUGCACAAAGAAGAGGCUUCGUUGAACUGAACACGUCGACAGGUUACUGGGCACUACGGAUGCAGGUCAGUGGGCUGAAGGCUCUAACGGUUCCGGCUGUCGAUAUCAAGAUUCCAGAACAUCUCAAGAAGAUCGGGGUCUACCUUGACAUUGAGGAAGGGCAGCUCUCCUUUUAUGAUGUUGUAGCACGCAGUCAUAUCUACACCUUCAAUGACACGUUUUCUGAACAGGUUUAUCCAGUCUUUGGCACAGUAGAGACAGACAGAGACCUUGUCAUACUGUAGUACACAGCACAAUGGAAAAGAAAAGUCACAGAAGUUAUUGAGGAUGUCUCAUGACUAAGAACCACUGUAGACCACACUAGACCACAGGCCUUCAUUUAUUCUAAGUGAUGACAUUACCCUAUUUUUAACAGGGACAUUUGGGGAAAUUACUCCGCCCACUUGCUUUACGACGGUACCAAUUAUGCCAAAAAACACAGCUAAUUCCAUACACGGCGUUUACAAUAUUUAGUAACUUCGUUCUGAACAUGUUCUCUUCUGUCCCCAAGCAGUAAUCCAUAAUGGUGACCAUGUCCUAUCCUUACUCCAGUUAUACUGUAGCAAUUUGAUUUCUAUCUUUCUUUCUUUAUGGGAAAAGCUUUACUUUGUGAAUUUAUUGAUAAGGUGACAUUAGAUGUUUACUAUGAUUUCAUCAGUUGAGGUUAGCUACAAAAAUAAUUAUAUUUAUUUUUUCAUACUUCCUCAAUGAGUUUGUACAGUACUGACAACACUAUAGAGGCUAAAAUCUGUUUAUUUUUUUGUUUUGCACUUAGCACUUUGCACUUUCUGUUAUUCUUUCAGGUAUGGAUUGAACGGAGUAUAUUUUAGUAUCUUGGUUUCUUUGGUUUGAUAUUUUAUUUCAUGAAACAUGGGAAAAACAUGUUGCCUUUAUAUUGUUGUUCAAACAGACCAUUUAAAGAAUUAAAUUCAAGACAAUUCAUGAGGACGUUUAUAUAGGCACAGAUGAUGUCCAAACCAAUCAGAUGUAUUCGUCUCUCACCAGCCAGCUUGUUUAUGAUUUAAGACUGUGUUUAUGAGGUAGGACCGUGUUUAUGAGGUAGGACCAUUGUUACGGGAUUUUUAUGAAUAAUGACUAAAAUAUGCAUACAUUUGACUUAGAAUUAUAACUAAACAGAAUACUACUACGUUACUGUAUGGAUGAAUGAAUCUUAUUAUAAUCGUAAUGCUGAAUAUAAUGUGUUCCUUGUUAGAAAGAAUGGAGUAAUCUUCAGACAGGCUGGAAUGAUGUGUUCCUUACAGGAAAUGUUGUCUCUACCCACGGAGGGGAAAGACCUUGGGUUGGUUGUAGAUUGUUUAACAGGUGGCAGACAGUAAUGCAAGAACGCUAACUGUACUGCCAUUGUAUCCGAGAGGAGGAAGGACAUUUUAAAACCUAUGACGUCAGUUUUAUUAUAUAACCUGAUGUAAAUUGUACUAUGAUGUCACGUUCCUGACCUUGUUUUCCUUUUGUAUAGUUGUGUUUAGUGGGUCAGGACGUGAGCUGGGUGGGCAGUCUGUGUUGUUUGUUCUAUGUUAAGUGUCAGGUUUAAUUGACCUUGUAUGGCUCUCAAUCAGAGGCAGGUGGUUUACGUUUUCCUCUGAUUGAGAACCAUAUAUAGGUAGGUAGUUUCACAUUGUUUGUUGUGGGUGGUUGUCUUCCGUGUCUGUGCACCACACGGGACUGUUUCGUUUGUUCGUUCGUUUGUGUCGUCGGUACCUGUUCAUGCGUUCUUCGUGUAUAUGUAAGUUCGUUUGUUCAGGUCUGUUGACUUCGUUUAUUAUUUUGUAAAUUCUCAAGUGUGUUUAGUUUUCGUCUUGUUUAAUAAAUAUCAUGUCAUAUCACAA